CUGUGAUUCAUCCCACAGCAGAGGAUCUCUGCCCCCCUUAAUGAUUCGUUAUUGAGAUCUGAUAAACGUACUGCAUUCCAGGAGAGGACCCUACUUUUACUUUAUGCGAAUUCAACUGACUUCAGUGGUCAGCGUGCGUCUUAAGUUUUACUUCUUGUAGAGGCCGAGAGAGCUCGAAAAUGUCAAGCUCUGCGAAUGAAGAUCGAGAUCAGAGGAAAACUGAUAACAUGGAAAAAUCAGAUUCAAUGACAAUCGAGUUUCUACGAGCAAGAUUGCUAUCUGAAAGAUCUGUCUCAAAAGCAUCAAGGGAAAGAGCCCGUGAUUUGGCCAACAGGGUGGCCGAACUUGAAGAGCAGCUAAAGUUUGUAUCUCUUCAGAGAGAAAAGGCUGAAAAGGCAACAUCAGAUAUUCUCAUAAUUCUGAAAAACCAUGAAAUAGGUGAUGUAUCUGAGGAAUUUGAUUCAUCUUCCGAGCAUGAGGGAAACUCACAGGACUUUGAGGCUCGUAAUGGUUCGUUAAAGAUGGAAGAAACUUCAACGAACUUGAAAUUAAGAAAUGAUGAAAAGGAGGCAUAUUCCAGUUCCGAAAUUGAAUCUUGUCCAUCAACUGGUAGAAACUUGUCCUGGAAAAGUACUAGAGAUUCCCAGCAUUCCCUUGAAAAGAAGAAAUACAUUGAUCCCGUCAGGAGAAGAGCUAGUUUUCCAUCCAAUAGUUCGUCAUCAAGAAGGAUCGGUAAAUCAUGUCGUAGGAUAAGGCGCAGAGACACUAGAUCAGUAGAAGGGUUACAGAAUGACAGCAUUGAGAAGACUGCAUACUCCAAAUGCUCUUCAAACUGCUCUGAUGGCAAGGCCAUUGCAUCACCAGAGAGUUCUGGAUAUGCUAAUGGGAAAGACCCAUUGUCAGGGCGAAGUAAUGGAAACCAAAAAAAUAGUGGCCACUAUUUUAAUGUACUGGAAAAAGACGAAGACAUGGAAAGUGCAUUGUUGCAUCAGGCACAGCUCAUCUAUCGACAUGAAGAAGAGGAGAAGGCCCAAAGAGAUUGGGAAGAGAAGUUCAGAGAGAAUAACAGUGGCACGCAGGAUUCAUGUGAUCCUGGUAACUAUUCGGAUAUGACUGAAGAACUAUACGAGGCAAAGUCACUUGAGCAGUCGGGUGCUGCUGGGAAAUUGGAUUCAGACAACCAAGAAGUAAAGGAACAGCCAGCGAAUGCUCAUGCCGGUGAACUCCCCCAGAUUUCUAAAGUUUCACCACCUGCUGCAGACGACAACAAGGGAAGCUUGCGGGAUCAGAAAUACAGCACCAGCAUAGCUGCCCCUGAAUCUCUAGCAUCCGAGUUUUCAUUCCCCAAGUCAGAGAAAAGUCUCGAAGACUUCGCAGGAAGAGCAGCAGAUGAAGCAUCCAGACACAGACCCCAACAAUAUGUCCCCACAGUUAGUCAGAUUGAACAUGCGCUGCGAAACACAUCUCCAUCUUAUGCAGGGAAAAGCACCCUGCUCUCUAGGAGCUCUUCAUCCCUCGAGCUUGCAGUCGUGCCUCAAGAAACUUCUAGUAGUUUAGGAUCUGUUCUGGAAGCACUCCAGCGUGCCAAGCUAUCACUGAGUGAGAAGCUAAGUAGCUCACCUCAGGUAGCAGAAGGAAAGUCUGGCAAUGUCGUUCAACCUCCCAACGUCUAUACAAACACAAUGGAUGGCUUCCAAAUUCCCUUCGGUACCUCAGGCCCCUUCAGAUUGCCAACGGAUUAUGAGUUUGACGCAACUGCUAGUGUCAAUCCCGGCAUUGGCGUGCGACCAAGUUUAACCAACAUUCCCUAUGAGUAUGCUGCUGAUAGGUUCCUCACUGUACCAUAUGUAGAGCCAAGAAGUGCUGUACCAGGUGACCUAUUCCACACUGCUUCCAGCAGAAGCUUAACUCCAGAAAUGAGGUCUGCUGCAGCUCCUCCGCAUAGGUUUCUCAGCCAGCCUUGGCUACAGGGAGGCGACCCCAGCCCCUCUACCUCAACUAACCAUCUUAAUCCUCUUGUUCCACCAUCUCAAGAGUUGUAUCCUUUUUCUCCGCAUAUCUCAGUUCCCAAUAUACCUUCGAACGAAGAAGAGAUUUCAAGAACUUUGCUGAGCUCCGAGAGGGGGCUCCCUCCAUUCAUGCGCUUGUCUUCCUAUGAUGGACAUGCCGGACCAAGCAUGUACCGGUAGCCUUGAAUUGCUCCUUUUGGCAGGUGUGGAUUAUUACAUAAACUCUUUUUGCUUCUUUUCACCUUAAUUAUUUAGAUACGUUAAGAAACAGUUUCUGGGAGUGAACAUCUUUGUUUGUUGUAGUAAAUAGGAUUGUAGCACCAUCAACUUUCAUCAGCCUGUUUAGUUAUGUAGGGAGCAUAAUUGAUGCAUAUGUUGUAUAUGGCUAAUUUGAGCAAUGAAGAGAGUUUCUUCA